AAACAGAACAAAAUUAUUUUAAUGAUUUACAGAAAAAAUAUGGCGGCUAAUUUUAGUUGGUCUAGCAUAAACCCCAUGUGUGACCCACGGGUUUACUCUAGUGCUGUGAGUAUUGAUGGGAAAAUAUAUGUAGUGGGUGGUUGCGACAAGAUGGGUCAACCUGUAAAUACAUUGGAAGUUUACGAUCCCAGUUCAAAUGAAUGGACAAGUCUAAAACAUAUGCCAUCAAAAAGAGCUGCACCCAUCACGGUGGCUAUAUCCAACAAAAUUGUAGCAAUAGGAGGGAUUGGGUGUGACCAGCUUCCUGUGGAUGCUGUAGAGUUCUAUAAAAUUGAUGAAAAUAAAUGGAAGCGCCUGCAGCCACUGUCAGAAGCUUUGAUGGGAAUGGCACAUAUUACAAAAGAUGGAAAAAUUCAUAUUUUUGGUGGAAUGGGUUCUGAUACUAACCCAAGAGAUCAUUUCAAAUGCUUAGAUGUCGAGAGCUCUAGCGGGAAUCGGGAGAGGUGGCAAGCAUUCCCACCCAUGCCGACUGCACGAUACGCAUCGUCCGCUUUUCUAAAAAACAACAAGGUGUAUGUUGUUGGUGGAAGACAAGGGAAAUUGCCAGUUUCUACAUUCGAGGUGUACGACUAUGAUUCAAGGUGUUGGACUGCGUACCCCCAAAUGAUAACUAAAAGAUUAUUUCCAUCAUAUGUUAUGACUGAUAAAUAUUUGAUUUCAUUGGGUGGUUUGAAGGAAACUGCACAACAAGGAUUUUCAGAUGCAUGUGAAAUAUAUUCUACAGAACAGCAAGACAAGGGUGAAUGGUUCUCAACUAAGAAGAUGAAUGUUCCCACCAAGCGGGGUGACUUCACUGCUGUGGCAAUAGAUAACAAAGUUUUUAUCACAGGCGGGCUGGGAAACCAAGGUAAGCCACUUGCUUCUACUGAAAUGUUCGAUCCAGAUUCAAAGAAAUGGAAACGUCUUUCGGAUAUGCCUGUAGCACACAGCACUUGUUCAUCCAUCGUGUUUCAAGGAGCGUUGUACGUUUUCGGUGGAAUCAGUCCAGAAGGACCAAGUGGGGCAUGUGCCGUUUUCAAGAGUUGAUAUUUCAUUGCACAUUUUGUUUUCUUUCUUUGCAUGGUUUAUUUCUAUUUUUCUCGUGGCCUCCAGAACUAUUUUUUUUCCACACAGAAUUAUGAAUUUUUUUAACUCCUGUAACAACUUAUGGUGCCACAGUACUCUCACAUUAAUUUGAAAUUUCAUUAUUAACAAUAUGCAACUCAUGUAAAUAGGCUUGUGAACUCUAUAAUGUACACAGUGAUGAUAUUAAAUCGUGAAAUUUUUAA